AUGAUCGUCAACGGAGAGAAGUUCGCUUGCGAUACAUGCAUUCGGGGUCAUCGCGUAGCCCAGUGCAAGCACACAGAUCGACCACUUCGACAGAUUAGCAGCAAAGGACGGCCCGUAUCACAAUGCGAUCAUUGCCGCGACUUACGAAAGACGAGUUCCGUCCACACCAGGUGUAAAUGUGCCUCUGAGGCCCUGAACCCUGCAACUGGACUCGCUCGAUGCCGGUGCUUUACCGGAGAGGGCUGUACUUGCGCACAUAGCAAGAAUCAACCGUCGUUGAAAGGCGCACGUGAUGUCGAUUCCGUGGGUUAUGGCUCACCUAUGACGGAGUCCGGCAUUGCAACGCCAAGUAUAUCAACCGAAAAUGGAGGUGCUAACACACCUCAAACACUACCUACAAAAACCCACAGACCUCUUGCGAUGAAACCCGCACUUCCCACGCCAGAGGAGAGCGGAAAGUCUUGUUGUUCAUCAGGACCCAAGAAAUCCUGCUGUUCUUCGAAUGACAAGGCUUCGUGCUGUUCAUCGAAUAACAAGACUUCUUCUUGCUGUUCUUCUGAGACAGUGGUACCUGAUACAACCUGUUGCUCCACAAGACAACCUGAGGCGUCACAUGUAUCCCCAGUCCAUGAUUUCCCGGCGAAUGAUGCUCAAAGCAAUGUAUACAACGUCGGGCCACCUUGGACGAUGCCAACAGACCUUGACUCUUCACUGGACCCUUCCAUGCUGGACAUGCUCAGCGACACUCAUCUGAACACCGACCCAUCUCAUGGCCUGGACCUAUUUGGCCUUUAUUCAUCAGGGCAAGAGACAGAUGCUUUCAGUCAAACCUUCGGUUGGAAUGGCAAUCCUAUGGACUGGAGCUCCUUUGACCUCCAGCCCACAACAAUCACAGAUGUGCCGGAAGAAGAAAACCAGCAGCCUCACGCGUAUCCACCCCUAUAUUGA